UGAUAACGAUUUUUAGAGGGAAAUAUUCAUACAUAACAUUAUGUGACAUCAGCACCUGCUCAGCCAAUCAGGUCGCCCUGUUCGUGCAGCCCCUGUGGAACUGGGAGGACUGUUUUAACUGCGGUUAAAAAGCAAAGCAGCCUCGAGCAGUGAAGUCAAGAUCAAAUGUGAAGAAAGCCUUACAGACAAUAAUUAAUCUGCAGGCUAUCAUGUAACGGACUAACACUGCAGAGCACUUUUUGGUGGAACAUUUGGAUGGCGGAAAGAUUUCGAAGCGAAGAGCGACAACAAUAAAUAAUACCAUGAACUAUGUGGGUCAGUUGGCGGGUCAGGUGUUUGUGCAGGUCAAAGAGCUUUACAGGGGACUCAACCCUGCAACCCUGUCAGGAUGUAUAGAUGUCAUCGUGGUUCGGCAGCCCGAUGGCACCCUGCAGUGCUCCCCCUUCCACGUCCGCUUCGGCAAGAUGGGUGUGCUGCGGUCCAGUGAGAAACUGGUUGAUAUUGAAGUUAAUGGAGAGCCGGUGAGUUUGCACAUGAAGCUGGGAGAGAAUGGAGAGGCCUUCUUCGUUAAAGAAACUGAGAACACGAUGGAAAUAGUUCCGUCCUACCUUGCAACCUCACCCAUCGUGUCGACUGGUGCGGAAUUAAUGGAGUCCCAGCUUGGCAGGGGCACUCUCCGUCAUCAUGACACCAUCCCCUGCGGUUCACUUCCUGUCCAGAGCCUUGGACUGCUGCAAAGUGAUGUCGGGAUGAUCAAGAAGAGGAGGAAGAGGAGGAGGAAGGCACGACCAGAGGCAGGCGGUGGAGGAGGUGGAGGCAGGAGAGAGGAGAGUGAAGAAGAGUUCUCGGAGGACCAGGACAUGUUUACUAUUGACCUGAGCUCCGAUGAAGAGAGAGAGGGUGACAGCAGACCUGUGUACAGUGAUCAGGGGUCUAUAGCCAACACGCUCACACACCCCAGCACUGAUUGGAUCCGUUCACAGAGUCAUGGGGUCAAGACGAUCGACACGCUGUCCAUCCCUUCAGCCUGUGGUCUGUCCAUCUCUUGUCCUCAGCAGGUUUCUCACUUCCCCUCCCAUCUUAGCCUCGACGAUUCUAGGUCAUCAACACCGAAGAGCGACUCAGAGCUAAGCAAUCAGAACAACCCUGAGAUGUUGUGGACCUGGGGGGAGCUGCCACAAGCCGCCCAGCCCGACUUCCUGACUGCCCUCCAGAAGCAGGACCCUCCCCCAGCGGUCUCCAUCCCGGUGUCUUCCAGCACUCACUUCAGAACCAUCAUUGACACUGGACCCCCCUCCUUUAAUCUCUAUGCUCCCCAGCUGGAGGACACUGCUGCUCACAGGGAGGACAAGGACACUGAAGAAAACAAAAGUGGAGGCAUGGCUGGAAUAACUACGCAGACUUCGGUCAGACCUGGAGUGGGAGAGGUGGAAAAUGUUGGGCCACCUUGUGCAGAGAUGGAGGGUUUCUCAGCCAGCUCAUUGUCUCCAAGGGUUAUCCCAGAUCAUCUUGAAGAAGGUGCGCCUGGAGGAAGUCCCAGCAGAGUAACUGAUUCACCAUCCAAGAGGAAAGAAAAAAGAAGCCAACACCUUGGUGCUGAUGGCAUUUACCUGGAUGACAUAACCGAGCUGGAGCCUGAAGUAGCUGCUCUCUACUUCCCUAAAAGUGACGGUGGCAGCAGCUCCAUGAGAGGCGACUCUGAGUUGAUGAUGAUGGGUGUGCGGAGUGCAAAUCAGUCCCCUCAGUCAGAGGGAAGCAGUGGGAUGGGCAGCAGUGGGAUGGACAGCGGUGUUGACAGUUUGUCUGACCACAUAGGGGACCUGCCUCAUGUUGCCAUCUCUUUGUGCGGAGGACUGACUGACAACAGAGAGAUCACAAGAGAUCAGUUCCAGGAGAGAGCAAUUUCCUACAAGCAGUUCUCUGAAACCCCUUCUAUUAUCGAUGACCCCAACCUGGUUGUCAGGAUAGGAAACAAGUACUACAACUGGAACACAGCAGCUCCUGUCAUGCUGGCCAUGCAGGUUUAUCAGAAACCACUGCCGCAGGCCUCAGUGGAGAACAUCAUGAAGGAGAAGAUGCCAAAGAAAGGAGGACGCUGGUGGUUCUCAUGGAGGAGCCGGAACAGCGACUCCAAAUCAGAAUCGGUGACAGACGUUGGAGGAGACAGUGGAGAAGGCUCACUCACUAUGCCCUCAAGCAUUAAGGAUGAGUCAUCCUCUAGUGAUGAGGACAACAGAUCGUCCAAUCAGGCCUCACGAUCCUGCCAGCCGGAGCCCCUCAUGAGUCCUGGCAGCGUCUGUUAUAAGAAGACUCUUCGGCUCAACUCAGAGCAGCUUGCUAGCCUGCAGUUGAAGGAGGGUGCUAAUGAAGUGGUGUUCAGUGUGACCACUCAGUAUCAGGGCACGUGUCGCUGCCAUGGCACCAUCUAUCUGUGGAGCUGGGAUGACAAGAUAGUCAUCUCUGAUAUAGAUGGAACCAUCACCAGGUCAGACACCCUGGGUCACAUCCUCCCCACUCUGGGUAAAGACUGGACCCACCAGGGUAUCGCUCGACUCUACCACAAAGUUAGCCAGAAUGGAUAUAAAUUCAUGUUCUGCUCAGCGAGGGCCAUUGGCAUGGCUGACAUGACGCGAGGAUACCUGCACUGGGUCAAUGAGAGGGGAACCAUGCUACCUAUGGGCCCGGUGCUGCUCAGCCCCAGCAGCCUUUUUUCUGCCUUGCACAGGGAGGUGAUUGAGAAGAAACCAGAGAAGUUUAAGAUUGAGUGUCUCACAGACAUAAAGCAGCUAUUCUACCCCAACACUGAGCCUUUCUACGCUGCUUUUGGAAACAGAGCCACGGAUGUGUAUUCCUAUAAGGAGGUGGGCGUUCCUCUGAACAGGAUUUUCACUGUCAAUCCCAAGGGGGAGCUCAUACAGGAGCAUGCCAAAACCAAUAUCUCCUCCUUUGUGCGUCUGUGCGAGAUGGUCGACCAUGACUUCCCGCUCCUAGCUCGAAAUGAGGGAGCAGACCUCCCCCGCUCCGACACCUUCGACCAGUGCUACUGGAACAAAGAACUUCCUGAAGGGAUCUACAAACAAGAUGAAGACCCAAAGCCUCUUCAGGCAAGCUGAGGAAGCCCCUUCCCGCUGCGCCCCAACGUGUGGUCGUUGGUUUCAGGGGUCGUUGUGUAGCCCAACCCGGGUUCACAGGAAAUGAAGCACUGAUCCAAGAACUGUUCCUGAUGAAUGAAUCAAGCUUCAUGGCUUCUUCAAGGAUCAAAGACUUUAUGAAGAUGGGUAACUGUGACUACUGAUUCAAGUAACUCAAUGUGAUUUCAAUAUCCUAAAUUAACAAACCACCUUGCCGUCAUUCAACAUAGAGGACAUAAUUAAUCCUAAGGGGUCAUUAAAACUGACUGUUUUGUUGGAAAAAAACCAUAACAACCCAAAAGAAAUGUCUGAUGAAUUUCAGUAGCUGCUAGGAAGUAUUCAACUGAUGGUUCCGCCUGGUAAGCGCACAACAUAGACUCACUUUCAGCACACUUUCAAUCUGCACUGACUCACAGACACACACACAAACACACACGGAAGUACAUCAUGUAAAUGCAUUCCAUUGCAUAACAUUGCAGAGCAUGAGUAAGUAACCCUGACUGUGGCUGCUUCCCAUCGUCUCCUUCAGCCUAUACCACUCUUAAUUCACACUGGUGUUUGCAAGAGGGUGACAAUGAUAAGGAUUAUUUUUAUUUGUUUCACCAAUAUGGCUUAUAUAUUCUGCUAUCCAUAUGGAUUCAUCCUUACUAUUUUCCCCUGAAGACAAAUAUUCAUUAUAAGAAUGAUGCUAUGUGAAUUACAUAGGCAAUUACUUUUGCAGAAAUGUAGCUGUAACAUUUUAAACAAAGCCCUCCCAAAAGUGUUAACAAGAUAUGAAUUAUACAAUUCAGCCAAUCGGUGCAUUACUCAAUUUUGAUCUUGGUUUUGGAAUGAACAGUGGCUUUUAUUUUACCCAUCACAUGCAAUAUUUUAGCAGAUAGUAAACAGAGACCUGGUUGUAGUUUUACCUGGUCCAGUCUAGUGGCUUUAGUAAUCUUUUCUGACCUCAACUAUAAAAGAUAAAGCAUACUUUACUUCAGAAACACCACAUUGCAUUACAGUGAAACCAUCCAGUACAAGCAAAAACAGCACAGAAGGUGUAUCCAGUGAUCCCUUCUGUGCCGAGCACCGUUGCAGGUCCAGAGAAAUGUGUGUGUGGUCUUCUGACCGUGCUACUGUGAAAAACAUUCUAACUUCAAUACCCAAGAUAAAUGCAGGUCAAUGCAAAUACCAGUGUGUGUUCUUUACGUCUGUUUUUAUAUGUGCAGGUUAACCAAGGUGAUAGAAUGUAGUCUAUACCUAACUCAGAGUGUAUGUUAUUAUAGUAACUAAUGCUCAUCAAUGCAAUAACUGCUGAUGCUCGUACAGGACUGCGGUAAGAUGUAGUUUUUAAUGCACAGAACAGUAUACUUUUAAUGUGCAGCACUUAUUUGUAGAAUAAGGAGAACAGUAUAGUGAAAUACCGUUCACUCACAAACACAUUUAUUUCAACUGUUUGUACAUUUUCUUUUCAUUUGUAAUCAUGUGUUUAUGUUUCCAUCCAUUGAUCAAAUAACACUUACUGUACUGCCUUUAUGCAACAUGGAAGCCUGUGUGUUUAUUUUUACCACAUGUCUCACUAAAAUUGGGGGAAACCACUCAUGAAUAACGUUAUCUUUUGUGAACAUAUUUAAAAAGCUCCGCUAAUCUUUUGAGAGCUGAUAUAUUGUCUCAAAUACUUUGUUACUGGUUCCCAUUUAGGUGUACUCACAGCUAUUGUGUUUUAUUAUGAAGCUGUUUUUAAACCAGCCCAGCUCAGUCCUAUAUUGAGAAAAGAAAUGAAAUCAAAAUGCCACAAGACUGAAGAAGUCCUAUGAAUGAUUGUCUCUUAUACUGCUAUAUAAUCUUUGUGCAUAGGUAUGUCUACUGCUGUACUGUGAUUGACAAAAAGAAAAACUAAUGCGUUAUGAACCUUUAAUCUAAAAUGUUUGAUUUUGAAAUGCCUUUGGGGAGUCCAGUGUUCGUUGUACCAGAGAAAAGACACAGAGGACGCAUGCUGUUGUGAUUCUAAGAUGUGAAUUUAUGUGGAUGUUAUGACGAUUGUCACCUUUGUAGGAAAGCACAUUGCCCUCGUAUUGAUAUAAGUAUGUCAAACAUGCACAGGCGUGAUACCUUGUGAUUAUUUAAGCCAAACUUUGAUCUGUGUGAGGUCAUUUCAUUUGAUAGUCGUGAAAUUGUUCCUUUAACUAAAGCACAGAGAUAUACUAAAUGUACAACUUCAUAUGGAAAUAAGAAGUAAGAGCUGUUUUUGCUUCUUAAUGAACACAAUGCUCCUCCCAUUUUUUUAAAGUGAAUCAUCUGUGUAGGUCAUUAUCACCUGAUUCUUUCUGUGAAAGAUCGUAUAAACUCUUGACCAGAUGUGCAAUCUGUCUCUGUGUUGACAUGGAUGUUGAUCCGGUUUGCUUUCCCAUGUAAACAUUAUGUUCAGGGCACCUUGAAGCAGUGUUCAAGCUAUUGUCCACAACAUGGUUUGAAUAAAUCUGUACAAUAGACACAUUUUUCAAUAAACUCAAAGGUGAUUGCUA